UGGAGGUGGGUGCAGGCUGCGUGCGAGCUGAGCCCGGCUAAGGGGGGAACCUACAGACGGAAAAGAAGACUUGACUGCAAACAGAACCACAUUCUGCAUCGAAAUGGAACAAGCAGUUGGUGAGCCAAUGAGAGGCCAGGACGUGCAGACACAUUUAACCGAGGACCUUCCCAAAGCUAAGAAAUGCACAGUGAUUGGAGGCUCUGGAUUCCUGGGGCAGCACAUGGUGGAGCAGUUGCUGGCAAGAGGCUAUGCUGUCAAUGUAUUCGAUAUCCGGCAAGAGUUUGAUAAUCCCCAGGUGCAGUUCUUUCUGGGUGACCUCUGCAGCCAACAGGACCUAUACCCAGCUCUGAAAGGCGUAAGCACAGUUUUCCACUGUGCAUCACCCCCACCAGCCAGUAACAGCAAGGAACUCUUUUAUAGAGUGAAUUACAUUGGCACCAAGAAUGUCAUUGAAACUUGCAAAGAGGCUGGGGUUCAGAAACUCAUUUUAACCAGUAGUGCCAGCGUCGUCUUUGAAGGCAUCGACAUCAAGAAUGGAACCGAAGACCUCCCCUAUGCCGUGAAACCCAUUGACUACUACACAGAGACUAAGAUCUUACAGGAGAGAGUAGUGCUGGGCGCCAAUGACCCUGAGAAGAAUUUCUUCACCACAGCCAUCCGCCCUCAUGGCAUUUUUGGCCCAAGGGACCCCCAGUUGGUCCCCGUCCUCAUUGAGGCAGCCAGGAACGGCAAGAUGAAGUUUAUGAUUGGAAACGGGGAGAACUUGGUGGAUUUCACCUUCGUGGAGAACGUGGUGCAUGGACAUAUCCUGGCUGCAGAGCACCUCUCCCAAGACACAGCCCUGGGCGGGAAGGCAUUUCACAUCACCAAUGACGAACCCAUCCCUUUCUGGACGUUCUUGUCCCGUAUCCUGACAGGCCUCAACUACGAGGCACCCAAAUACCACAUCCCCUACUGGCUGGCCUACUACCUGGCAUUCCUGCUGUCCCUGCUGGUGAUGGUGCUCAGUCCGGUCAUCCGGAUCCAGCCCACCUUCACCCCAAUGCGGGUUGCGCUAGCUGGGACCUUCCACUACUUCAGCUGUGAGAGAGCCAAAAAGGCCAUGGGCUACCGGCCACUGGUCACCAUGGAUGACGCCGUGGAGAAGACCGUGCAGAGCUUUCACCACCUCCGGAAGAUCAAUGACCUUGAGGAAGUGGUAGGAAGAAACAAGCCAUUUGAUAACAGAGAUGAAGAACCAUCUCCACGCAAACCGAUACUAGAGCGAAGCCACCAUACCUGUUCAAGUAACUGAGUCUUAAAAAUACCCUAGAAGGAAGCAGACAUUGUAAACACAGGGGCGGGAUUUCAAAUGUACCCCCCAGUCCCUGGGAUUAAAAAAAGAUUGCUGGUUGUUCAACUCCUUAGGCUUCCAAGUUCUCUUUCAGGAACUGUUGGUGCACCUGCCUACACUG